AUGACCUUACAGCAGCUUGGUUCACGACGAGUCCUACUGCCUGCAGCACCGGUGCAACAGAGAACUGGACGCGGAGCGCCACACCAUCGGCGGCUCAAGAUUCUCUCCAAGAACCUUGGCGGCAUGCGCAGCACCACGCAUGAUACAUAUAUGACCUGGCUCACUGAGCAGGGACAACAAUACGACAUCAUCAUGCUGCAAGAAACCCACUACGGGCUUGGCAGGGAGUUCACUGAGUAUACGGUCCCGGGUUGGUCAAUCAUUUCUAGCCCAGACCCCAAGCACCGAUGGACGGGAGUAGCCAUCUACGUUUCACAUCGUAUCUCUGCACCGGAGGACAUUAGGUACAACGUCAUAGUGCCUGGCAGGGUCCUACACGUCAGAAUCCCCACAGGCAGGGGCAACCACCAAGCUCACAUCGAUUUGAUCAAUGUCUAUCAGUGGGCCUGGGACGCGGAUCCGCAGAAGCAGCGCCUAGCCAAGCGCCAACAGAUCUGGACGAGGCUCGGGCGACUCCUGCGCGACCUGCCUAAGAGAAAUGUCUUAUGUGUAGGAGGUGACUUUAAUUACAACCUGAACACGCAGGGUGCUUACGUUGGUUCCGGAACCUUUGUCACUGACGCAGGGCGGAGCAGCAGUUUUCCUGACGUGGAGGAGUUUGCACAGGUGGUUGAGUCCAGUCAACUCUGUGCCCUCAAUACUUGGGGAAACCGUGCCAGGUCCUACACGUUUGCAGAGGAACACGCCAAAGGCCGCAAGAGUCAAAUCGACUUCCUGCUGACACAUCUGGAACACGCUGACGGCAAGGCCAAACAGUGCGCUCCAGACCGACGCAUAAACUUCUCCCCUUGGCGACAAGGCGCCGCCGGGCUUCUGCAGAAGUACGCUUCGAGAAGCUCUGCGGCAGGUAUGAGAUCGCGCCUGUCAGCAGUCUUUGCCGCGUUCCGCAAGUGGCAAAUUUUUCGCAGAUGCCAGCGGGAACUCCAACAGCGUGGCAAAGAACGUAGAAAGCAGCGACUGGAGAUGUCAUGGCAAGAAGCAGAGACUGCGGCCAAUGUAGGCGACAUGCACACCCUAUACUCGUGUGUGCGCAAGCUGGCGCCAAAGACGGCCAGGGAGCGCAUCCAGAUACGCAGCAUAGAGGAUAAGCUCCUAACCCCACAGCAAGAAUUCCAACAUAUCCAGGAUUACUUCGCGAAGCUCUAUUCUCGAGACCCCAAGCACCAAGACACCCUUCGGUUACUCGCACCCUAUAACAUCACGGCAGAGAUCCUCCAAAGUCUCUCAAAGCUGCAGUCUGGUCGGGCUGUCCCCAAAGGCAAGGUUCCGCCAGAAGUCUGGAAGCUGCUAAAGCAUGACGUUGUGCCCGUUGUCGGGCAGCUGUUUCGUCAAUGUCUGCAGCCUGGUACACUUUCUCUCCCGCCUGAAUGGCGAGACGGCUGGCUACGCCUAUUGCCGAAGCCCAAUAAGCCCACUAAGACCCCAGCCAACCUGCGUCCGAUCGCCCUACAGUGUCCCCUAGGGAAAUGCCUUGCCCGGGUCAUUAAGACUAGACUGCUUGCGGCCAUCCUCCCCAAGCUUCAGCAGACCGCACAAUACGCGUACUUGCCAAAUCGCAGUACGGGCAAUGCCAUAGCCAGAGUGGCGCAGCACUGCAGCGCGGCCAGAGCCAGACUCGGGGCCAUACGCCGUGAAGUGUUUGAGCGCCGCGCCGGAUUAUCCUGUGCUCAAGCCAGUGGAGCCGCUAUGUUAAGCGUCGACAUGAGCAAAGCUUUUGACAAGGUAAGUCGUAGCUACCUGGUCAGCGCGCUUCAGUUCCUGGGUGUUGACGGGGAUACAAUUACCCUUAUCCUGGCUAUCCACGAAGCGCAGUACCACAUAGAACAUCAGGCGCAUUGUGGCUCUAUCGAUUUGAGCAAUGGCAUCCGCCAAGGGUGUGUUUUAUCACCGUUGCUAUGGGUGUGCGUCACAACAUACAUGUUGCACCGUUUAGAAGCUAGAACAUGUAUCGAUUGGGUUCGUCAAGAUGUCACUGCCUUCGCAGACGACUUCAUUUGUGCUCAUAACCUGUACACCAUCGCCGAUGCCACCACCAUGGCCCAGCGCAUACAAUGCCUCUUUGAAGUGCUACAAGAGGCCGGAAUGCAGGUAAAUGCGGACAAAUCAAAGUUUGUCUACAAAAUUGAUGGGGGGCCGCUUAGGAGAUGGUUCGAUAAGAGGUAUAGCGUUAAGGGCCACGAGCACUUCUUGAAUAUGGGCAAACCUUUCCAGCCUCUUCUACUUCGGGUCGAUGAUCGAAUUGACUACCUAGGGGUUGUUAUGAGCUAUGACAACUUUGAGGAACAGAGUCUCAACAAGAGACUGCAGGCUGCUAGGGCCAAUCUGGCGCGCCUUUCCAAGCACCUUUUUGCGAGACGUGGACUCAGCUUGCGACAUCGAGUCUCGCUCUAUAGAGUCUGUGUGCGCAGUGCGGCCCUCUACGGCCUCGCCUCAGUCGGUCUGCCGGACAAGGGACACCAAACCCUACAGCGCUUCGAGAUUAAGCACAUUCGAGCAAUUGCUAAAUCGCCCGGACAUAUUACGCACGAGGCCAAUGCUGAGCUCUACCAAAGGCUUGAGUGUACUCCGGUUGUGGAUGCUUUACAGGCCCAGCUCCAGAAUAGGUGUCCCGACGCUCCCUCGAUGACGGCGGCCGAACAGGAAGUUCAGGAUUUCUUCGCGUGCCACCUCACGCCAACGGGUGGGGAACGCAGCUCCGGAAGCGACACGCAGCUGGACAAGUGGAGCGGCUGGAACAGCCAAAAGAGGGGGCGACCGGCCUGGACGGAAGACUGGAAGGGAGCAGAGGAGGAAGACGACCUUUGCAACCACAUCUCGGGGCACCAGCUCCGCGAGAUAGUUGCCACGCUGGCUCGCCUGGCCUUGCACCACGAGGACACCGAAGCGGCGUUGAGAGCGGACACCUCCUUCAUGCUCUAUUUGGAGGAAGGGGCGGUAAACCAAAGCCUCCGGGUCACGCUGAUUAUCUGCAUGCUGACGGAGAUGCGGACCAAAAUGGACAUGGUGCUUCGCGAGGUGGACGCCAUCAAAACCCCGAUUCCCCAUGAGGAGGUCAAGCAGUCCAUUACGAGGAUCUUCGAGCUGAUCACAGUCGAGGGCAUGCUGAUGAAAUUUCAUGGAACGCGGCCGAUGGCCGAGACUUACAAGUCCGACGUCCUCCCCUUUGUCCUAAUGAUCUCCAACAGAGGGGGCUUGGCCGACGAGCUGCACUCCUGCCUUCUGAAGCUCUGCGACUGCGCCUGCCUUCGCCUCAUCGGGGGCCGCAUGCGGCCGGACAGGAUGAAGCGCCAGCCUCUGGCCAACACGCUCUCCACGCUGGCCGGGACGUUGAUGGAUCGCACGAAUCCCUACAGGCGGGCCAAGGAGCAGGAGAAGGAGCAGGAGGCCAAAGAGAAGGCACAGGCGGAAGCGGAGGAGCGCAAGGAAGCCGAGGACGACCAGGAGCUGAAGUAG